UGAUACUUUGUCUGUUUACCCUUCUCCUGUUAAACUUUUAUAAUCCAACAAUCCAACAAUUUAAGUCUUUAGUAUCUUGUAACUUGUCUUAGAAUCUCUUACAAAAAUGUCUCAACUUAUUUUCGCUCUAUUGUCAUUAUUAUUAACAAAUAAAGUUAUAAGUAAACCAUAUAAUGAAUGGCGAGUACGGGAAACUCCGGUAAACAUAAUGACAGAUGUAAUAAACGAUUUAGGAGUUAAUUUAUUAAAUUCUUACGAUAAUUAUAAUCAUAAUGAUGGAAAUGUUGCGUUUUCUCCGACGGGGCUCGCGUUUGUUUUGGUCGCUUUGUAUGAAGCGGCUGCUGGUAAUACAAGACACCAGAUUCAGGGUGUAAUGGGUCUUCCUCAAGACCGGAGGGUUACUAGGAUCGGGUUACGGGAUAUCCAUCGAAGGCUGAGGAGUUAUCUAAAUGCAAAUGCCUUUCUGGGCGGUUUAACUCUAAAUCGAGAUGAUAUUACCCUACGUACGGAUUACGAGGACAUAUUACGAUUCUAUGGCUUCGAUUUAAUAAAUUCAACAAUAGAUAACACAACUACUGCAAUUCCAUCUCCAUUUCCGACUUCAACUCCACCCCCGACCCCGAGUUCAACCCCACCCUCAACCCCUAGUCCGAGUGCGAUCCCCACCUCACCACCAACUCCACCCUCGUCUUCAACUCAACCGUCUGCGAUAAAUACUUCGGGGAACUCAACAAUCUCGAGUACUGAUGCCGCCAUGAAUUCUAACGCUGGUUCGCUUAUGGAAAACAUCUCGACAAUUAGUCCAGAUAUUGAACUAUUAGGGAGCAUGACAACAGAUCAAAUGACCAAUCAGAUGAAUGCAGCGGGAAAUUUAUCGAUGGGUUCAAUAAACAAUCAGACAAUGGAAGAAUUGAAAAAUUUUAAUACCACGGAGUCGAAUUUAGGAAAUUCAGGGCCAGAGUCCGGAAGUCGAGGGGCGGAGAUGAGGAUUUCAGGAAUGGAAUCGAUGAAAGCGGGAAAUAUAUCAGCAGAAUUGAAUUCAAGUCGAAAACGACGAAAUAUUGAAGAAAAUAAUUGGAAUACUUCAUAUUUUUCAAUUCUAAGUUCAAAUUUGACGAUUGUAAGAUUAGAUGUGAGAAUUGUAACCCGAAAUCCGGAAAUUCAAUUAUUUGUGUCGGAAAUUCCAUCUUCGAAUUCGGCAAUUCAAGGAAUUGAAUUGUUAGUUAAAAAUUCGAAUUCGUCAAUUCAAGAAUUGAAAACUUCAAUUUUUAAAUUAAAAUUUCCAACUUUAACUUCACAAUUUUCAAUUCUUAAAUCUGGAAAUUCAAUUCUAGUGUCAAAUACUUCAAUUCUGAGAUUACAAUUUUCAAUUUUAAAUUCAUCAUCUUUAGUUCCAAAGUCACUAACUUUGAUUCCAAUAUCAGAUUUUGGAAUUCCAAAAUUCAAUUAUUCAAUUCUAAAAUUAGAUUUUGAUAUUAUAAAUCCAAAUUAUUCAACUCGAGUAUUAAUGACUCCAAUUCCACCUUCAGAAUCUUCAAAUAAAGAAUUAGACUUUUCAAUUCAAAAUUUACAAUCUUCAAUUCAAAAAUUUUCAAUUUUUAGAGUAGAAUUUCCAGCUUUAAAGUUGAUUCCAAUCCGAAUAGUUUUAAUUCCACAAUCACAAUGGUCAAUUUCAACUUCAAAAGUUUCAAUUCCAGUCUCAGAAUCUUCCAUUCCAGUCUCAGAAUCUUCAAUUCCAACUUCAGAAUCUUCCAUUCCAGUAUCAGAAUCUUUAAUUCCAACUUCAGAAUCUUCCAUUCCAGUAUCAGAAAUUUCAAUUCCGACUCCACAAUCUUCAAUUCCAACUCCACAAUUUUCAAUUCCAGUCUCAGAAUCUUCCAUUCCAGUCUCAGAAUCUUCAAUUCCAACUUCAGAAUCUUCUAUUCCAGUCUCAGAAUCUUUAAUUCCAACAUCAGAAUUUUCCAUUCCAGUAUCAGAAAUUUCAAUUUCAACUCUACAAUCUUCAAUUCCAACUCCACAAUUUUCAAUUCCAGUCUCAGAAUCUUCAAUUCCAGUCUCAGAAUUUUCAAUUCCAGUCUCAGAAUUUUCAAUUCCAGUAUCAGAAUCUUCAAUUCCAACUUCAGAAUUUUCCAUUCCAGUAUCAGAAAUUUCAAUUCCAACUCUACAAUCUUCAAUUCCAACUCCACAAUUUUCAAUUCCAGUCUCAGAAUUUUCAAUUCCAGUAUCAGAAUCUUCAAUUUCAACUUCAGAAUCUUCCAUUCCAGUCUCAGAAUUUUCAAUUCCAGUAUCAGAAAUUUCAAUUCCAUUAUCAAAAACUCAAAAAUCCCCCAAAAUAUCAUCAAAUUCAAAUCCUACCCGCAAACGACGAAAUCUCGAUGAAAAUAUUUGGUUCCAUGGUCUGGAAGAAUCAAACCCCUGGAAAGGAUCAAAUCCAAUCGUAGAACCAGUUGAUGGUCUCGAUACCGAAGACCAAAAACAAACAGAAUUGAAUUUUUUGACCAACGGUAAUGAACUGGUCACAAUCACAACAAUGACCUACACAACAGUGCUGCCAUUUUGUUAUUUCCCAAGUUUGCACGCAGCCGGAUUAGAAUUUCCAUUGGACGACCCGAGGUACACGAUCAUGAUCUUGGUCCCAGAUGGGAAUAAUUUGCUGAGGGAUUUGAGAGGAAUCAAGUUGAGGAAACUGAGGCAGGCAUUGACCCCGAACUGGGUCAGGGCGACGAUCCCGUCGUUUAUGUUGAAGGGUUUUGUGACCUUGACAGGUUGGCUGCAGAAGCUCGGGAUCCAGGAUGCCUUCGAGCCCAGGGCUGCUGAUUUGUCGCUGAUGAGUCCCGAUCUAGGAAUUUACGCGAGAGAUGUUCAGCAGAGCAUUGGGGUCAACAUCAGGAACUUCGCGGAGGCUGAGGUCAACGCGACUAAGAUUACAGGAAAUAAUAACCCAAGUACCCGUGACCCAAUACCGUUCGUCGUAGAUCGUCCAUUUAUAUUUUUUAUAAUCGAUACUGAGACCUCGGUGUCGCUAAUUGCCGGUCGUGUUAACGAUCCACUUAACUCGAGGAUUAUUUAAUAAAGAUAAAAUAUAUAGUUUUUGUCUUGUUAUAUAUAUUUAAAUAUAUAUAAAAAAUUAAAUACUCAUUACAGAGAGAGGACGGAUUUAAAUACAUAA